UGACCCCUGUCUUACCAUCAGUGACCCCUGUCCUGCCAUCAGUGACCCCUGUCCUCUGCCCUUCUCUCAGUGACCCCUGCCCUCUGCCCUGCCAGUAGUGACCCCUGUAUUCUGCCAUGCCAGCAGUGACCCCUGUCCUCUGCCCUGCCAGCAGUGACCCCUGUCCUCAGCUCUAUUGUCUCCUUUACACUGCCCUACAAACUAAUGGCCUCUGUACACUGCCCUACAUAAUGCUAACCAUAUCAUUUGCCCUGCUGACCCCUUGUAAACUGCCCUGCUGAUCUCCCAUCCUCUGCCCCCCCCCCCACAAUUUUUUUUCUGCACCCCCACAUUGAACAUGCUAGAUCCGGCCCUGCAGAUCUCCUUUCAUUCA